GCCCAGAGUCGCCGAGGCCGAGAGCAGAGAGCUGGGUCGCCCGGGACCGCGAGGCUGUAGACUGCACCCAGGCUGAGCUCCCGGUCGCCCGCCUGUCCGAGCGGAGCGCUCCUUUCCACCAUGCUGCGGCGGGGCAGCCAGGCGCUCCGGCGCUUCUCCACCGGACGGGUUUAUUUCAAAAACAAGUUGAAGUUGGCACUUAUCGGUCAGAGCCUCUUUGGCCAAGAAGUCUACAGCCACCUCCGGAAAGAGGGCCACCGUGUAGUGGGAGUGUUCACGGUUCCAGACAUGGAUGGAAAAGCUGACCCACUGGCUUUGGCUGCAGAAAAAGAUGGGACCCCUGUGUUCAAGUUCCCUAGAUGGAGAGUCAAGGGCAAGACCAUCAAGGAAGUGGUGGAAGCCUACAGAUCUGUGGAUGCCGAGCUCAACGUGCUUCCCUUCUGCACACAGUUCAUCCCCAUGGAUGUCAUUGAUAGCCCAAAGCAUGGCUCCAUCAUAUAUCACCCAUCCAUCCUUCCCAGGCACAGAGGACCCUCUGCUAUCAACUGGACUCUAAUUAUGGGAGAUAAGAAAGCUGGGUUUUCUGUUUUCUGGGGUGAUGCUGGUUUAGACACAGGACCCAUCCUUCUUCAGAGGUCGUGUGACGUCGAACCCAAUGAUACAGUGGAUGCACUUUAUAAUCGAUUUCUUUUUCCUGAAGGAAUCAAGGCCAUGGUAGAAGCUGUCCAACUCAUAGCUGAUGGAAAAGCGCCUCGUACUCCCCAGCCAGAAGAAGGGGCAACAUAUGAACAUACCCGGAAAAAGGAAAAUGCUAAGAUUUCUUGGGAUCAGUCUGCUGAAGUUUUACAUAAUUGGAUCCGAGGCCACGAUAAAGUCCCUGGAGCUUGGACAGAGAUAAAUGGACAGAUGGUUACUUUCUAUGGCUCAUCAUUACUGAGUAGCUCCGUGCCUCCUGGAGAACCACUGGAAAUUAAAGGUGCCAAGAAGCCUGGUCUUGUUACCAAAAAUGGACUUGUUCUUUUUGGUAACGAUGGAAAAGCACUGAUGGUGAGAAAUCUGCAGUUUGAAGAUGGAAAAAUGAUUCCUGCCUCUCAGUACUUUUCAGGGGGUGAGACAUCAGUGGUAGAACUUACACCUGAGGAAAUGAAGGUGGCGGAGACCAUCAAGGCCAUCUGGGCUGGAAUUUUAAGCAACAUCCCUGUUAUUGAAGACUCAACAGAUUUCUUUAAAUCUGGAGGCAGAUCAAUGGAUGUUGCCAGGUUGAUUGAAGAGAUCAGACAGAAAUGUGGUGGACUUCAGUUACAGAGUGAAGAUGUUUACCUGGCCACCAAGUUUAAAGACUUCAUCCAAAAGAUCGUGAGGAAACUGAGGGGAGAAGACCAAGAAGCGGAGCUGGUAGUAGAUUAUGUUUCAAAGGAGGUCAAUGAAAUGACAGUAAAUAUGCCAUAUCAAUGUUUCAUAAAUGGACAGUUCAUAGAUGCUGAUGAUGGAAAGACUUACGACACUAUCAACCCAACAGACGGAUCUACAAUAUGCAAAGUGUCCUAUGCUUCUUUGGUGGAUGUCGACAAAGCAGUCGCAGCAGCAAAAGAUGCUUUUGAAAAUGGUGAAUGGGGACGAAUGAAUGCAAGAGAAAGGGGAAGACUGAUGUACAGACUUGCAGACCUAUUGGAAGAGAACCAGGAAGAGCUGGCGACCAUUGAAGCCCUCGAUUCAGGGGCUGUCUAUACCUUAGCUCUGAAGACUCACAUUGGAAUGUCUGUGCAAACAUUCAGAUACUUUGCUGGCUGGUGUGACAAAAUUCAGGGCUCUACGAUUCCAAUUAACCAAGCCCGUCCGAAUUACAAUCUGACCUUCACCAAGAAGGAGCCACUUGGAGUCUGUGCCAUUAUCAUCCCCUGGAAUUACCCACUGAUGAUGCUAGCGUGGAAGAGUGCUGCCUGUUUGGCAGCGGGCAAUACCUUAGUGCUCAAGCCUGCACAGGUUACACCCUUGACUGCUUUGAAGUUCGCAGAACUCUCUGCUAAAGCUGGCUUUCCAAAAGGGGUAGUCAACAUAAUUCCGGGCUCAGGUGGCAUAGCAGGACAACGCCUUUCUGAGCAUCCGGACAUCCGCAAACUUGGUUUCACUGGUUCCACUCUUAUUGGCAAACAGAUCAUGAAAAGCUGUGCUGUAAGUAACUUGAAGAAAGUUUCCCUCGAGCUUGGUGGCAAAUCCCCGCUUAUCAUUUUCAAUGACUGUGAAAUUGACAAGGCAGUGCGAAUGGGUAUGGGAGCAGUAUUUUUCAAUAAAGGAGAGAACUGUAUUGCAGCUGGGCGGUUGUUUGUGGAAGAAUCCAUCCAUGAUGAAUUUGUGACGAGAGUGGUAGAAGAAAUUAAAAAGAUGAAAAUCGGUGAUCCACUUGACAGAUCUACUGAUCAUGGACCCCAAAAUCAUAAGGCCCAUCUGGAAAAGCUUCUGCAAUACUGUGAAGCUGGAGUGAAAGAGGGGGCCACCUUGGUGUAUGGGGGAAGACAAGUCCAAAGGCCAGGCUUUUUUAUGGAACCAACUGUGUUCACAAACGUAGACGACCACAUGUACCUUGCCAAGGAGGAAUCCUUUGGGCCUAUUAUGGUCAUUUCUAAAUUCCAAAAUGGGGACAUCGAUGGAGUGUUGAAGAGAGCGAAUAAUACAGAGUACGGUUUGGCCUCAGGGGUUUUUACAAGAGACAUAAAUAAAGCUAUGUAUGUGAGCGAAAAACUAGAAGCGGGAACUGUUUUUAUCAACACAUACAACAAGACGGAUGUGGCAGCACCGUUUGGUGGAGUCAAACAAUCUGGUUUUGGAAAAGACUUAGGUGAAGAAGCUCUAAACGAAUACCUCAAAAUCAAGACGGUGACACUGGAAUAUUAGAACAGUGCCAUCAUCAAGAAACCCCUGGCAGACAGCACCAGUCCUGCGCUCUUGACACUUAAGAAGCCUUGGUAUGCUGCGGAAGAGGUAUCAGCCUUGAACCAAAAACACACACAAAUACCAUCAAGAGGGUCAGGCCACACGUCUAUGCAUUGACUUACAUGCCAGAGUAUUUUCUAAUAUACUUUUUAUACCUUAAAUGAUUUGCAGUUGGCAGUUGCUGAUUUUGGCUAUAUUGCUUUUUAUAUAUAUUUCUAAAAUACUGAGCUGCUUUUUUUCCAAGAUUAACCUAGCCAUGGCUGUUUAUUUGAAAACACCAAAUCAUGAAAUUAUAAGAUACUGGUACAUUUGUUGAAACCUUCGUACAAUAUAUACUGAUUUUAACCUUUGAACCAAACAUACAGAGUUAUAAAAAAGAUUUUCUAUCAUUUUGCUCUCAAGGAACAGUAUACUUUGUAAGGAAUGUGAAGGUAAUUCUUUUUAUUAUUACUAUGGAAUGAUGCAUCUUUGUGCCUUUGAUGUUCUAUUUCUUAACACACUGUGAUAGGUGACCAACCCACAAACAUUUAUUCAGUACCUACUAGGUACAGGUACAAGGUACUAUAUUACAUUCUGAGGAAUAUACAGAAUUUAAUGAGAUCUCUUUUCCUGCAUGGUUUAAAUUCUAGUAAAUAUUCAGCUUUUAAAACUAACUUUACAGUAUGAUAUAGUAGAAAGUAGAUGGCCUUUGAAGGCUCAACUUGGUUGAGAUCAUCUUACUAUCUAUGUGACUUUGGGCAACUUAGAUGACUUCUCUGAGCUUCAGCUUACUUGUGUGUAAUGGAGAUAGUAAUACCUUCCUCAGUGGAGCUAUGAGCCUUCAAUGCAAUAACAGAAGUAAAGCCCCUCUCACUGUGCUUUGCUCAUCAUAAACACUCAAAAUUGUUUCUCCUAUCACUAUUUAAAAAUAUAUAUUGAAAUAAAUUAACUAGUUGGAUUAUUCAUUUUCCCACAACCCCUUUCAUUAAUCAUUGAUUGCUAGACUAUUUCUCUCAUCCAUCAUUUUGGCCCAAUGCCUGAUGCAGAAAAAUGUCAUUCAGUGAAAAAUGGCAGCGGUAUGGAGAAGGGUUGCUUUUCCUUCUGUGGCUCACACAUCCCUCAUAGGACAUCUUCUUUUCAUUUUUCUACCUAAUGGUUCUGCCCCUUACUGCCUGUGAGAUCUGGGACAAGCUGGUUACUAAAGACCUCAGAGCCUAGGUUUGGUAUCUAAAAACUGGGGAUAAAAUUCCUCUUCAUAAGAUGUUGUAAGGAUUCAAUAAUAUCCAUCAUCCACCUAUCGAGGUGUUGGGACCACAGCUGGCACUCAAGGAAUGGGGACUGUGGUACCCAUGCAGCACUCACAGGGUUUCCUUUGUCAGACAAAAGUACUUAGGUGGGUAAAUAGCACCAUCCACCUAUGACUCAAAGUUGCAGAAAUCUCUGAAAGAUGGUCAAAGCAAUGAACUUCUACUAAUCCUCCUUUUAAAGGAAAAUUUCAGUGAACAUUCCCAUCUCUUUGGCUUUGAAGAAACCCUCAAGGGAGUACUUAUUACUUCGGUGACUCAGCAGCUCAUCAGGAGGGGAAUGAAGGGAAUCAAUAAACAACAAAACACCAUCAGAGGCAGAAAACACAGAGGGAAAGCUACCAGCUGUGAUCCUGGCAUCAUCAACAGAGCCAACUUUAACUCUAAGCAUUUGAAUACUCUCAGGGUCCAAGGUGACAGUUCAUAUUUGAAUAAAAUGACAAAGGCCUUAUAAAGGAACCACUUUUAAAUGAAGUGCUUUAGCUGAUUUCGUGUGAUUGAAAAUAUCACUUUACCAAAUAUUUUAACAAUAGAUGGAAUGGCAGACAAAAGCAUACCUGCUCGUCUGGACUGAUUUUACUCUCUAAUGUUAAUCUCCAUAGCAGUGGUUUUAUUUAAUCUUCCUUGGGCCACAAACCUCUUUAAGAAUAUGAUAAAUCUAUGGGCGCCUCUGUCCCUCUCCUAUCCCCAGGAUUCAUGUGCAGACACAUCAUUCCACAACUGGCUUCAGAGAAUUCAUACACCCUAAAGCCCAUGCCCGGGCCUCAGGUUAAGAGCUUCUUUUUGUAACAAGUUUUUAUAGCUGACUGCUGAUCAGGAUGAAAAGCUCCAUAACAAAAUAAGAUUCAUAAAAUCACCCAGUGAAUCCAAAUGGUAACAGAAGGGGCCACAGCCUGCUGGGUGAUUCGGUCAACACACUGGGUAAUUAAAGUAGCACCGUUCCUUCAGAUCACUGUUUUGUUAAACUACAGGAUACAGCUAUCAUGGGGAGGUGAUGACACUUGAAAGCACUUCUAUACUGGGCUUUGACCCAGUUUGUUCUGCUUUGAGCCCCUCCCCCAGAAUUUGCAUUUCAAACAAGUUCCCUAUUGAGAAUUUGCAUUUCCACCGCAGAUACACUGAAUCAGAAUCUACAUUGUAAUAAAUCCCCAGGCAAUUCUUACCUAUAACUUCCUGUGAUGUUAGAAAUGCAAAUUCUCAGCAGUGGUUUGAACCAGAGGAACUGGUUUGAAGCCCUGGUUCUACAUUCUGUAUAAUUCUCUGCGAUGUAUCACACGACCCCAUCUGCAUGCCUUUGCUAAAUUAAACAAAUUGCCACAGAGUCAUGGGCAACCUCGUGUCAGAAUAGAACUGUGCUCUAUAGGGUUUUCAGUGACUGAUUUUUUUGAAGAUCACCAGGCAGGUCUUUCUUCUAGGGUGCCUCUGGGUGAACCUGAACCUCCAACUUUUUGGUUAGCAGCUGAGCAUAUCAACCAUUUGCACAGCCUUUGCUAAAGCAGCCCCUUUUUGCUCACUCUUUCAGACUUUUCCUCCCUCCCCUUCCCCAAGCUGGGUUAAGUAUCUCUCCUCUACGCUCCCACUUGUCUUGAAAAUAGCACCUACCACUUGGUACUGAAAGAAAUUAUUUGCCUUCCUAAGUAGAUAUAAGUGGAGCCGUGACAGUGCAGUGGUUAAGUGCUACAGCUGCUAACCCAAAGGUCAGCAGCUCAAAUCCACCAGCUGCUCCUUGGAAACCCUGGAGGGCAAUUCUACUGUAUCCUAUAGGGUCGCUAUGAGUCAGCAUUGACUUGAUGGCAAUGGGUUUUGGUAAGUAGAAAUGAGCACCCUCCUUCCACUCCUAAGGUAGGCAGUCUGUCAGUAAUAAUAACAGCUGCUAUCAUUUAUUGAGAGCCUCCUGUGUGCCAGACACUAUGCCAAGCACUCAACAACGCCAUCAGAAAAAAUGAAGAAAUUGAGGUACUCUUCUUACUACGUUCACCACUACCACCCGAGCAAAGCCAUCAUCACCUCUUAUUUAGAUUAUUACUGACGUCUUCCAACUGGUCUUCCUGAUUCCUCCCUUGUAUGGUCCUGUCAGAGCCCUGGUGGGAUAGCAGUUAAGAGCUCUGCUCAAAACCUCUAAUGGUCCUGAUUUCACCUAGACUAAAGCCCAGUGUCUCACCAUGGCCUACAAACUCCUAUGUGGUCUUGCUCCCAGUUACCUCUGACCUCAUCUCCUGUAAUUUUCCCUCUCUCUGUUCUCACCACCGUGGCUGCUCGAUGUUCCUCAAACAUACCAGUCAUGCUCCUGCCUCAGGGCUUUUGCACUAACUCAGGUUUUAGUUUGACAGUGGUAACCCAGAUAUGCUGGUAAAUUCUUACCAACCCUCUGUGGGGGGAAAGCCCUGAUCUGUAGCCUUUUCUAAUUUCUGUGUCUAAAUAUUCUCACCAAGGUCUAUUUCAAGCUACCAGCUUGCUUCACCGAACACGGAGUUGGGAACAUUUGCCCGCAAUCAGAGCCAGUGCAGCAGGUGCCAGCACACCACUGCCUCUUCUUAAAGCUCUUUCUCCAUACACAACCUCACAGCUGGCUGCCUCACAUCCUUCAAGGCUCCCAUCAAACAUCAUCUUAUCAAAGACACAUUCACAGACCAUCCUAAGGUACCACCUAAGCCCCACAUUCAUACCUCCUCUGCCCUGUCAUCCUUUUAUCUCCCUUACCCCCGUUUUCAUACCACUUGUCAUUACCUGGCAUAUUCUGUGUUUAUCAUCAAUCUCGUCCCAUUAGAAUGUAAGCUUUGUAAGCAGGCGCUUGUUCUGUACAAUGCUGUAUCUCCAGUGCCUAAUACAGUGCCUGAUACUUAGGAGAAACACAAUAAAAAUUUGCUUUCAAAUGAAAAAGGUUCAGUAGCCUGCCCAAAAUCACACAGCUACUAGGUGGCAAAAUGAGUAUUCAAGCAAUGAAGUUGAUGGUCUUAACCAAGCUGAGAAAAUUUUUAUUCCCAGUGCCUAAGUUCUUAGGAGUCCCUGAAUAGCACAAAUGGUUAAGCUCUGGGCUAAUAACUAAAAGAUUGGUGGUUCAAACCCACCCACAGGUGCCUCGAAAGAAAAGCCCUGGCAAUCUGUUUCCAAAAGGCCAUAGCCAUGAAAACUCUAUGGAGUGCAGUUCUAUUCUGAAACACACGAGGCCACCAUGAGUCAGAAUCAACUUGAUGGCAACUGGUUUUAAAUCAGUUUCUGGGUAGCAUGUAGCAGGCACACAUGGAAUAUCUGUCAAACUAAAAACCUAAGUGAAUAAAAAAACUAUGUUAGUUAAAAAGCUAAUGUUAGCAAUAAUGGGUAUUAUCUACAAGAGCGUCUGUGGAAGUAGCUAGAGCUAGGAUGAGAAACCAAAUUUAGUUCCCUAUAUCUGUCCCCCAGAAACUAAAAGCUAUAGAGGGAAUCCUGGGCUAGAAGGAGGAUAUUGUCAGACACAAGAUGUAUUGAAUAAGGGGGAUUUUCAUCAUUAUUAUUGUAAUACAAAUAAUACCUCAGUGGAUUUUUUAAGUGAUUAAAUAAUACCUAAUUAUGUAAAAAAUACAUAAAAUGGGAAGGUAGGACUCGACCAUCAUCUUUCCACACAGAAGUAACCACAGAUGAUAUUUGGGAUUGUUCUGAACUUUUUUCUCUUUAUAUACUGGGGGUUUUGUUUCACAGAAUUAGUACAAUCCUAUGCAUAGUUUUGCUACCUUUUUUCAAGUAACAAUGUAUCAUGAGCAUCUAUGUCAAUAAACACACUUCUGCAUAUUUUUGUGACUCUUAUUCAACAUUGUAUUGCUGGACAUUUAGAUUUGCUUUUUGCUGUUUUAAAUGUGGCGAUAAAUGUUAUAUACAAAUUUGUGAACAAAGUCAUACUUACUUAGAUUAGGAUAAAUUCCUAAAAGUGGAAUUCCUGACUGCAAGGGUGUAUCGGUCUAUAACCUCACCAAGUUUCACCAAAUGUUUGCAACUAACGUGUACUAUUCUCAUAGCAUACCACCUCACAUUUCGUGAGCACCGUUCUAAGCACUUGAUGUGUAUUAACUCAUUAAUUCCUCACAAAAACCCUAUGAGGGAAAUGCUGUUAUCCCCAUUUUAUAGAUGGAGAAGCUGAGAAAAAUGGCUGGACUGGGAUUUGGAUCCAGACAGCUCCAGAGCUUGGGCUUGGGAAGACCAUGACUAGGUGUGGCUGACUGAUCUCAGCUCUUGGCUCCACUACUUACUUAUUGUGAGACCUUAGGAAAUUGUCGAGUAUCUUCAUGCCAUUUGACUCCUCUGUAAAAUGGAUACAAGCAGAAUAUCUCAUAAGGUUAUGGUCUUUUCUUAACAAUAAAAAAAGUAUUAUGUCAUGAAAUACGAAGUGCUGUAAUAGUACAGUCUGCAGGAUUGUUUGGUGGAGUGAGGGACUUAGUGACGUUCUUUGCUUCUAUCCUUGGGUACAGACUUUACCCACAGGCUGGCUCCACGUGUGACCACUAGAUGGCAGCAGUUCUAGGAAUCCUAUCCAGUCAAGCUAUGAUGGAUCCCCAGUCCUGUCUUCCAAAAAAAGCCAUCUCUUCAUGUGCCUUUUUAGGAACAAGAAAUUCUUCCCAUUCAAAAGUCUAAAAAGACUUUCCUCAUGCCUCACUGGGAAGGUCUGAGUUGCAUACCCAUUCUUAAGCCAGUCACUGCAAGAGUGAACACAAAGAAUGCAAGAUUAAACUGUUAGGGAAAGGCUACCAGUAAAAUUGUCCUUUUUCUUCACAAUGGUGAACCACUGACUUUUAAGCCGAGCUGCUUUAACUGACAUAAAGAGAAGGAAAAGAAACACUUAUUGUAUAUUCCAACUGCGUGAAAGGCACUAUGCUAGGCUUUGCGGGAAACACAAAUGAAAGUAAGAUGCAACCCCUUCCUGCCUUUCUUACCACAGCAGUGGAUACAGGCACAGUAAUACAAACUACAUUGCAAGGCAGUUUUUUUUUCAUAAGUACCAUUGUGAUGCACAAUAAAAAUAUGGGAUAGAUUGAAUGAAAUUUUUGCUUCAAAGACAUUACACCUAAUAUUCUGACAGGAAACUGUCAUAAAGCCAUAGGAAGAUAUUGCUCCACAGUGUGAAGAGAUUUUAUCAGUUUCCGCAGGAACAGUUCUCCACACAGCUGCCAUCAUCACACCUGGGCAGUCCUCACAGCGAGCACAGGCUGGACUAGUCAAAGCACAGCAGUGAUUUACUUUCCAACAAACUGCAGGGUAAACUGCUUUAAAAAAUAAAAAUAAAUCUUUAUUAAGGUAUAACAUACUUAUAGUACACAAAUGUUAAAUGUACAGCAUGAUGAAUUUUUACAUCUCUAUGGAUUGUGGUAAUUCUUGAAGUAACAGUGCCCGGCAGAUAUAGGAAGUGCUCCUUAAGUACUAGCUAGUUUCACCUGCCAAUUUGAUAGAUUUAAAAAAAAAAAGUCUUGGUUUCAUUUGCAUUUCUUUGAUAAAUAGCGUUAAAUUUUUUCUUUUUUCUUUUGUAACUUAUUUGUUCAUGUCCUAUGGCCUUUUACUGUAGAGAUAUUGGUCCUUUUUUAUUAGUUUGUAAGAGCUCUUUAUUAAUGAUUCUCACUUUUUCAUAUAUUGUAAAUAUUUUUCCAGCUUGUCCCUUGCCUUUUAAAUUUCUUUGCCACCUGCUGGUUUUUAAUAUUUAUGGGAACAAAUUUUCUGCUCUUCUCCUUUGUGAUUUCAGGCUUUGAUGUUACAUAUUUAAAAGAACCUUUCCCAACUUCAUGAUUAAAUCUUCACCCAUAUUUUAGUAUGGUACUCUUGUAAUUUUAUUUUUUUUAGAUUUAAAUCUAUAUAUAGCUUAUCUGGGCACAUGGUAUGAAGCUAGAAUCUAACUUGGUUUGAAACAGCCAGUUUUCACAUUGUAUAUUGAAUAAUUCAUCCAUUUUACAUGUUGACUUGAAAUGCUAUCCUCACCAUAUACUGAAUUUUUAUGUCUUCCUUUAUUCUCCUGUAUCACAACAAUGUCCAGAGAGGAACUGAAUUUAGUUGACUCCUUUAUCUGUAUAGGAAGCCUAGUUAGUUGUAUUACAUGAGCUAACCAGGGCACGAAAGAAAAUUAAAAUGUUUACAUGCUGGAAUCUAUUUCUAGACUGACUAUUCUCUUUCACUCAUCACUCAGCUUAUUUCUGCAUGGAUAUUUCAGUAUUCCCUGAAAAGUUACAUUUUUAUAUCCCUCUGACUGGAACAAUCUACCAUGGCUUAAAAUGUCCUGUACAGCCAUUAAUUCAUUUAUUAAUAUCAUUCAGUGCCUAUUGUGUGCCAUGUACCAGGUUAAAUAGUAAACCAAACAAAUUUACCUCUUCUCACAAUGUACCAUAAUAUUCAGUUGAAGACAAUCUUUACAUAUUUAAGCCAAUCAUGCACCACAGUUGUGUUCUUUGCUACACGGUAUAGCAUGAUACCCUUUCCAGCUGAGAAAUCUCAUUUCCAGAUCUGUUCAUCCUCCUCACACAUUAAGGCACAGCACAGGAAAGCUAGUACAUAGUGUUCAGUUUCAAUUUCCAACGGGAAGACCAGGAAGGACCUUGAGAAUAAUCUUCAGAGUAUUUACAAAGUGUCUUAAAAGAGGAGGAAAGACUAAGGUUCAAAAAAAAAAGGUUCAAAGAGAGCCCUAAAACAUAAGGCAACCAAGCGGCAUCAGUUCAACAGACAGGCAGUCAUUUAAAUUCUUAGAUUUAUUUCCUCUGCAAAAGUCAGGCUGCUGGCAGAUGAGAUCCCAAACAAGCUUAAUAAUGUUAAGAAUGAGGAAAAACUCUAGCCUGGGACCAUUCUGACUUUUGAAAGGGAAAACCACCUGUUGCCUGUCUUUGUAUUAUUCCCUCUUAUUUUUCUUGUGAUGUCUCUAUUUUCUACAUUUGACAGGUCUCAAACUGUGAGCAGUUUGGAACAGUUUUAAUAACAGACAAAAAGUGUUGCUUUAUGAAAAAAAAAAAAACAACAAACCCCCCAACGCUCCCAAC